AUGAUUGUUCCCAAGCCCCCCGUAAAGUUGGAGGGCCACUGUUCCGUGAUCUACGACAACACGCUGUACACCUACUCCGCCAAUGGCUUCGCCUCCAUCCCGCUCCAACGCAACGGAACGUGGUCGAAACUCCACAUGGGAGAACCGGUCUCCAAUGCCGCCUGCGUCACCGGUGGCGUCGACGGCGACGAGAGCCAACAAGCGCUCUACGUAGUCGGAGGAACCCCGUCCGAGUCCAAGGGGAAAGGUCCCGGCGUGCAACGCUACUCCUUCAAAGAUAAGAAGUGGAAAUCCUUCGAACCGUCCCAGGAGAACAUGAACAACCGAACCGACCACAACGCCGUCUACCUCAAAGAUUCCGCCUCCAUUCUCGUGUACGGCGGUCACCAGAAGCAACAAUCCGACGCUUCCUCCGAUACCUUUGUCAUUAACACCGCGGACCCCUACAACAUCUCGGCUUUCGAAGCCUCCAAGGCUUCGCCGGUCUUCUAUCCCGUGUUGCUGUCGUGGAACGACAAGGAGGCGGCGUUGGUGGGCGGUCUGACGGACAAGAAACAGGUUUACUUGUUCGAUCCCGCCAAGGGUUGGCGUAGCUCCGACGUGACGAUCGACAAGGAAUUGUCCGACGACGCGCGAUGCGCUCUGGUGAAGGGAACGGACGGCAGCAGAAUACUCGAAACAUUCGACAUGGGAAGCUCGCCCAACACCGUGACCAGUGAAACCCUGCUAAAGUCCGGCGGGAAGUCCGCCAGCUCCAGCGCGAAAUCAAGCCGACGGAAGCGCAUCACGCUCGACGACUACCCCAAGUAUGACGACGCCCUGGCCUCCUCCACGAAGCGGGACGAUUUCUCCAUCGCUCAGGGCGACAACCAGGUCGUCAUCUCCAGCGGCAGCGGCACCGACACGUUGGCCAUCUUCAACCAGACGUCCAACAGCUGGGUCAAUGCCACCAAGUUGUUCUACGGCGACGAGCCUCGACAGAAGAUUCUCCCCACCACAUCCUCCACCUCCACCACCACGUCUGGUCCCACCUCGACGGCCUCGGAAACCAGUCCCGCCACCACGACCCCUGCAGCGGGCUCCGGAACGGACAACUCCAACGUCGGCACCGUUCUGGGCGCCACCCUGGGAAGUAUUCUGGGUGUGGCGGCCAUCCUGUUGCUGAUCAUCUUCCUGAUCAAACGUAAGAAGAACGCCUUGAAGCGGGCCGCGCAGGGCCGGAACGGCGACAAGGAUCGUCUGAGCUUUCAAGACCGCGGCGUCGAGCCUCUCACCCAGUCUGCGUAUCCGAUGGCCAAGAGUCCCGCUCCGCUGGCCGCUUCCUCGGUCGAUUCCCUGGCCAUCUUUGGCGGCGCUGCCGGCGACGAAAAAUCGUCCGGAGCCCUGGGCGCCGCUCGCGGCAACGCUCCGAAACCGUCGCCUCUGAAGCCGAGUCCGUUGUCCAUGCAGUCCGAAGUCACGGCCGUCGGCACGCCCAUGACGGACAAGGCCAUCGAAGCCCACGGCAUCUCUCCGGCCAAUCAUCCGGGCGAUCGCCACACCGAUGAAGGCUGGGGUCGGUACUUCCAGGACCACAGCGCAACGGACCUGGCCCAAGCGCCGCCCAAGCCGGCCUUUGCCCGCGCCGAGGAUCGCGCGAGUCAAGUCAGUCAAUGGCCCGGGUCGACCCUCGAGCCGGUGAGCCGGGUGGCUGUGGAGGAGCAGCAGCCGCCCAAGCCGGCCUUUGCCCGCGCCGAGGAUCGCGCGAGCCAGGUCAGCCAGUGGCCCGGAUCGACCCUGACACCGGUGAACCGCACUUUCUUUAACGAGCAGCAGCCUCCGAAGCCGGCGUUUGCCCGGGCCGAAGACCGUUCCAGCCAAGUGAGUCAAUGGCCGGGAUCGACUCUCACGCCGCUGAAUAUAGGUCUACUGGAAGAACCCAAGCCCCUGGGCCGAGUGGUGACGGGGAGCCCGACCACCGAACAUACGUCGUCGCCCAAGGACGGCCGGUACAUCAACAUUCCCGAAAGUCAAUCCGCUCGCAUCUCCAGUGCCAGCUCCAUCAGCAACAUGUCCGAUGACGAGUGGGAGCGCCGGGACGGACUGUCGAACGGCAUGCACCAACAGAGCUGGAUGGGCCGUCCUCCCAGCAGCACGUACAGCCGGAGCAUGUACAAUCCUAGCAUGUAUAACCCGAGCUCGCGCGAUCUGCCGUCGAUGCCGCCCACCAACACCAACACGCGCGGAUCCAGCAUUCUGAUUCCCGACACCUACGAACCCAUGCCAUCAAACUCAAACCGUAACAACAUCAAUUCCGAUAUGAGUUGGCUCAACUUGCAUGCCGAACGCUGA